AUGUCACGCUCUGGAGCUGCCAUCUUCGAGAAGGUAUCAGGGAUAAUUGCCAUAAAUGAGGAUGUUUCACCAGCAGAAUUGACGUGGAGGUCUACGGACGGUGACAAGGUCCAUACAGUUGUGUUAUCCACCAUUGACAAGCUGCAAGCCACCCCAGCCUCAAGUGAAAAAAUGAUGCUCAGGCUAAUCGGGAAAGUGGAUGAGUCAAAAAAGAAGAAAGACAACGAAGGAAACGAGGUUCUGCCAAAACCGCAACGUCAUAUGUUUUCGUUUAACAACAGAACGGUCAUGGAUAAUAUCAAGAUGACCCUGCAACAAAUCAUUUCACGGUAUAAGGAUGCAGAUAUAUAUGAAGAGAAGAGAAAGAAGGAGGAGUCUGCACAAAACACAGAAACACCGAUGAGCUCCUCUUCUGUUACAGCAGAGACUCCCACACCACAUCUCGAUACACCACAACUGAAUAGUGGGGCUCCAUUGAUCAAUACAGCCAAACUAGAUGAUUCGCUGUCUAAAGAGAAACUGUUGACUAAUUUAAAGCUACAGCAAUCGUUACUGAAGGGAAACAAAGCUUUGAUGAAAGUUUUUCAAGAAACAGUCAUUAAUGCCGGUUUGCCUCCAUCGGAAUUUUGGUCAACUAGGAUUCCGCUGUUGAGGGCUUUUGCUCUAUCCACUUCUCAAAAAGUCGGGCCUUACAACGUUUUGUCGACAAUCAAACCAGUGGCUUCGUCGGAAAAUAAAGUCAACGUUAACCUGUCAAGGGAGAAAAUUUUGAAUAUUUUUGAGAACUAUCCCAUUGUAAAAAAAGCUUAUACUGAUAACGUGCCCAAAAAUUUUAAAGAGCCUGAAUUUUGGGCAAGAUUCUUCUCUUCAAAGUUAUUCAGAAAAUUAAGGGGUGAAAAGAUCAUGCAAAAUGAUAGAGGUGAUGUGAUCAUUGACAGGUACUUGACAUUGGAUCAAGAAUUUGACAGAAAAGAUGAUGACAUGUUAUUGCAUCCUGUGAAAAAAAUUAUAGAUUUAGACGGUAACAUACAGGACGAUCCAGUUGUACGAGGAAACAGGCCUGAUUUUACCAUGCAGCCAGGUGUAGAUAUCAAUGGUAAUAGCGAUGGCACCGUGGAUAUCUUAAAAGGUAUGAAUAGAUUAAGUGAAAAAAUGAUUAUGGCUUUAAAAAAUGAAUAUUCUAGAACAAAUUUACAGAACAAGUCUAAUAUUACAAACGAUGACGAAGAUGAGGACAAGGAUGAAAGAAACGAACUGAAAAUCGAUGAUUUGAAUGAGAGCUACAAGACAAACUAUGCAAUCAUACAUCUGAAAAGAAAUGCACACGAAAAGACCACAGACAACGAUACGAAAAGUUCGGUGAACUCGAUGAAAAAUGCAGAUUUGAAGGUUUCUAAUCAACAAAUGUUGCAACAACUGUCAUUGGUCAUGGAUAAUUUAAUAAAUAAACUAGAUUUGAAUCAAGUAGUUCCCAAUAACGAAGUUAGUAACAAAAUCAACAGAAGAGUCAUAACUGCAAUCAAGAUUAACGCCAAACAGGCUAAACACAACAACGUUAACUCAGCACUCGGCUCUUUUGUGGGCAAUACUUCUCAAGCAAACGAAACAGAGGCGGCAAGUACUCUACCAAUAGACCUAUUAGAAAGUUGUAGAAUGCUACACACAACGUGCUGUGAAUUUUUAAAGCAUUUUUAUAUUCAUUUCCAAAGCGGUGAACAAAAGCAAGCCAGUACCGUCAAAAAACUUUAUAAUCAUUUAAAGGACUGUAUUGAAAAGCUGAACGAGCUAUUUCAAGACGUGCUUAAUGGUGAUGGUGAAUCCAUGUCAAAUACAUGUACUGCCUAUUUGAAGCCAGUUUUGAACUCCAUUACUUUGGCCACCCAUAAGUACGAUGAGUAUUUCAAUGAAUAUAAUAACAAUUCGAACUAA